GUACCUUCCACCUAGGUCAGGUACCUAGGUACAUGCAUACAUACAAAUCCCACUACAUGCCUAACUAGAGGCAUGUACCUAUUACCUCACCCAAGCACGAAUAUUCGGAAAAGCCUGUCCAACUGACCGACCACCACCCUCGCCGUCGCGGUUGACCAGACCACGCGCAACGUGCGCAAUCAUCCUCGCUUUACUUGUUCUUCUCUUACCAUCCCAAACGCCAACUCAGAUCUUCGAACAUCCGACCAAAUGCCUUGAUGCCUCUAGGCGACCACCCCGCCCUUUCUCUUCGUAUGAUAAGGAAAUGAAAUGACAACCAGCUCCAGUGUGCGGACUGGAGCGCAUUCCCGCCAUGAUGGUACCGAAUCUUCUCCUCCAUCGAACAAAGGCAGUGCAUCGACGGGAGUGCAGGCUGCGGGAAUGCGUGCUAUCACGGCUCGAGCCGUUGCCUUCUAUUUCCGCGCACCCAUGAAGGCUUUCUUCAAGGGUCGAAUCGAUUAUCUAGGAUAUGCUCGCGCUAUCAAUCCGCAUAUACAAGCCCAAGCGUCAUGGUCAUGGAGAAUGACGACGCCUGCCUUGCUGGCUCAUGCUGUUCGGACAGAAGGCUGGAGCUUCAUUCCCAACCAAGUACUCCCUCCGCUCCUGGCGAACACGUUCAUAGGCGCCGUACUUUACACAGCAUAUCUUCAGUCACUCUCCUCUCUGCACAUCCCAGCGUCGCAUCACACGAAGCGCACAUACCCUCCGCCACCCGUGGCAACGACACUCACAGCAGGCUUCAUAGCCGGAAGUAUUCAGUCACUUCUCGCCGCUCCUUUUGACGCUUUACAAGUUCGCUUCCGAACCGCCGACAUCCUCGAUGGAAAAUACAAGACGAUUUGGCAAUACGCCGGACAUAAGUUGCAAUCUAUAGGCUUACGGGGCGUAUUCGCUGGCUGGACUCUAAGUCUGAUGAAAGACUCCUUGGGCGCCGCUUUGUUCUUCAGCACCUUUGAAACAAUCAAGAAUCAGGCAUACUAUGAGUACAUAACGAAAUACUACGGGAGCAGGACGAGAGAUUCGCUGAUAGAAUCGGCACGCUUUACUCACGAGGAAAGGGAUGGGCGUCCUGUUAUCAAGCCACAUUAUGCCCUCGAGCCAUCAUUCCUAUUGAUUGCCGGCGUGUCUGCAUCCAUCAUGCAACAACUUGUUCAACAUCCUCUGACUGAGCUCCAAACUGUGCACUAUCGGCGUUUGGAAGCCCUCGAUCAUCAGGCCCACUAUGAGUCACGCCCUUCCCGGAUCAUUAAUCGCUACUACCAUGCUUACGAAGAAACGUUUCGCCAAUGUAAGAAGAUAGCGAAGCGGCAGGGCGGUUGGAGAAAGUACCUCUACCGCGAUUUCUUCAUGACUACCAUACGGCAAGUGCCGAGCACAAGUGCAGGACUCAUUGUAUUCGAGCUAGUACGACGUAAAUACGCCUUUGAAAGCGAAGAAGUCGUCAUUCGAAGAGAAGGCUUCGAAAUCCUUCUGAAUUAGACACUUUGACGAACUACGGAGAGAUCGAUCAUGUAUUAUUAUCUUUUUGAUACCCCGGCACAGCAUCAAUGCAUACAUUAGAAAUAGAAAUGGCUCGGUAGAUUUUAAUAUUCGUAUAUCUCUUAUCACUACGGAACUUAACGUUGGUCCAGCG